AUGAAUGAGACUAGUUCCUUUGAAAAAGCUAAUAAUAAGAUGGAACAUCGUGUCACAGACAAUGAUGGUAACAAUGGAAGUGUGGUGCACACAAGCAAUGAGUGUGGCAAGAGCUUCAAGGAGAUCAGUUCACUAAAUGGGCACAAGCGUAUUCACCGGCGAGAGGAGCACAUGCGCAUGAUGGCAGAACAACAACCCAUCACUGUGAUGGUGGACAAGUGUACUACUAUGGUAGCUAACCAAAUUGUAUCAUCAGGAAGUAUUGCGGUGGAUAGUAGCAAUGGUGUGUCCAGAAUGAAUAAGACUAGUUCCUCUAAAAGAACCAAUAAGAAGGAACAUCCUCUCAUAGAGAUUGAUGACAACAAUGGAACUAUGGUGCACACAUGCAAUGAGUGUGGCAAGAGCUUCAAGGAGAUUAGUUCACCGAAUGGGCACAAGGGUAUUCACUAG